GACGCUUACUUGAGAGCUGAUGACGUGAAAUGCGCUUUUCCAUUUAAUCAUACGAUUCUGAAGCAAUUGGGCGAUUCCGCGAAAAGGGGGAGAAAUCAUCUCACCGUCGAUUACAUGGCGGCCGCCGGUGUUUCGCCGUUCCGAGAUCGGACGUCGGAAUUCGUCUCUUUAGCGAAUACGUUGAGGAGAAUUGGUGGAAAUGUGGCGACUCCGAUCCAAUCGCAAUCAAACGAGCCUGUUGCGGCGACUCCGGAUCGAUCUGAAUUCAACAAGGCGGCUUCCAGGUUAGGCCUUCGGAUCCACCAAACAUCGCAGAAAAUCGACCGUCUGUCGAAACUAACCAAAAGGUCAUCUAUUUUUGACGACCGGAGCAAGGAAAAUGAAGAAUUAACUGCCUUGAUUAAAAAUGAUAUUACCGCGCUAAAUGUGGGUAUCUCUGAUUUGCAAACUCUCCAAAGCAUGGAGAUCGGCGAUGGGAAUUAUUCAGGGGAUAGAGCUGUUCAUUUGAAUGCUGUUUUUGAUGAUUUGAAGAACAGACUUAUGAAUGUGACUAAGCAAUUCCAAGAAGUCUUGACUGCUAGAACAAAGAACAUCAAGGCUCAUGAGAACAGGAAACAGCUAUUUUCUACAGUUGUCUCAAGAGAAAACCCUUUAAAGCAGCCCUCGAAUGCAAUGGCUGAACCACCUCCUUGGUCAAAUUCGCUCAAUUCGUCUGGAGGAAAUACACAACCAUCAGUGCCAAAAGGAAGCGGCGCUCAAUCUGGAAAUCAGCUUAGACGAAGAAUGGGUACAGAUGGCGCCAGCCCAUCCCCCCAAGUCGAGGCCUCCAUGUCCAUGGUUCAGCAAAUGGUUCCACAUCAAGAAAGCAUCUCUCAAAGCCGAGCAACUGCCCUUCAAAAUGUCGAAUCUACGAUAUCAGAACUCAGUGGGAUCUUCACACAUCUUGCUACUAUGGUCGCACAUCAAGGCGAGCUAGCUAUCCGGAUCGACGACAACAUGGAUGAGUCACUAGCAAAUGUUGAAGGUGCCAGCAAUGCCCUGCUUAAAUACUUGAAUCAAAUAUCAUCAAACAGGUGGCUUUUGAUCAAAAUUUUUCUUGUUUUGAUAUUGUUCUUGAUUGUGUUCAUGUUCUUUGUUCUUUGAGUCUUCAAUUUAUGAUUUAAAUAUGUUUCUAAGAUGUAUGUAUCUAUGUCUGCGUGAUCAUAUAAUUACUCUCUCUCUCUCUCUUAAUCACAUACACAAUCUCUCUCUAUAUGUAUAUAUAUAUACACAACAUAUAAUACACUUAGGUUUGCAGCAUAGAUAUGUGCAGUUGGAAAUAAGUAUGAGCAAAUU